AUGGCGGGAAAAACAACAGACCGGAAGAAAACUAAGGAUAAGGGCGCUAUAAGCGAAGCCAGUGAUAACGUAGCAACUUUUACCUUACCUGACUCGCUUCCCUGCUCUGAAGUAGAGUUUCCUGUACUCAUUAAACGGGUUAAUAGGGCAAAUUGGGACCUUAUUGUGGAGCAGAGAGAAAAGGAGCUCAAAGAAAUUGAAGAGAAUAGGGAGAGUAAAAAAGAACCUGCCAUACAACAGCCCUUUCUCAGGACCGAAACAGAUUACAUACAAAAUCGAGUCUUUCUUUACCUGAUACCGGCUCUAGAAGAAACUUUAAAUAAAGCAAAAGUAUGGGAGGCUCUAAGGAUACAGAAAUGUUUCUUCAAUGGGAUAGAUCACAUAGUGCAAGUUAGCUUUUGA